UAUGAUCAGUGAGGAGGACGAAGAUGGAGAACCGCUCAGCCCUAUGGCUCGUGUGUUCCAAUCGCCGGGCAACGACUGUUGCAUCCUCACCAUGAUCGGUUGCAAAACUAAGAUCAAUGCUGAUAUUAUACAACAUGCCUUGAAGCUUAAUGUUUCUAAGCAUCCUCGUUUCUCUAGCAGAUUGUCUGAUGAUGGUGCAUGUUGGAUUAAGACUCAAGUCAACGUUGAAAACCAUGUAGUUGAACCUGAUAUAGACCCCGGGGAGAUCGGCGACAAUGGAGAAGGUUAUGUUGAGGACUAUGUUUCACGUCUAACAAUGCUUCCUCUCGAUAAAUCAAGACCUUUAUGGGACAUGCACAUCCUCAACGUCAAAACGCUUGAUGCCGAAGCGGUCUGUGUAAUAAGAUCUCACCAUUCAUUGGGAGAUGGAACAUCCCUCAUGUCUCUGCUAGUUGCGUGUACUCAGAAUACAUCACACCGAGAUACAAUUCCUACUAUUCCUGUUCUUAAACGGACGGUGCAUAAAGAUAUAGACGUCCCAUGGUUCUUAAGGUUGGUACUACUGAUUUCUUCUUCAGUGAGAUUGAUUUGCAAUACUCUCGUGGAUCUUUUGCUUCUCUUGGCUUCAGCUUUGUUCUUGAAGGAUACAAAGACGCCUCUGAAAGGUGAUGUGGGCGUCGAAAAUAAUCAGAAGAUGUUUUGUCACAGAAUUGUCUCGUUAGAUGACAUAAAACUUAUAAAGAAAGUUAUGAACAUGACUAUCAAUGAUGUACUACUUGGAGUUACACAAGCCGCUCUCUCGCGUUAUCUAAGCGAUUUUCCUGGAAAAAUACGACUUACCGCAGGUGUUUUUGUAAACCUAAGGUCAAAUGUUGGAAUCAAGCCAUUGGCAGAUAUGAUGGCCAAGGAUUCAAAAUGCAGAUGGGGCAACUACUUCAGCUCUAUUGCCUUGCCCAUCUCGAUCGGUUUAGAGACCGAUCCAUUGUUGUAUCUAUCAAAGGCUCAAUCAGCUAUGGAUCGGAAAAAACACUCACUUCAAGCUGCUUUGGCAUAUUCGAUGACAGAAUAUAUCUUCAAUAUUUUCGGAACUAAGGUAGGUGCAAUAUUUCCAGAACGAAUUGUUUCGAACACGACCACAUUAAUUUCAAACAUGAUUGGUCCCGAGGAAGAAAUCAGUUUCCUUGGCCACCCCAUUGCUUACAUCGCUCCAAGUGUCUAUGGACACGCUCAUGCAUUGACAAUACAUUUUCUAAGUUAUGCGGAAAAGAUGGUAAUCUCGCUAGGAGUUGAUCCUACCGUCAUUCCAAAUCCUCACAAGCUUUGUGAUGAAAUGGAGGACUCUCUCCAAGCUAUGAAAGCCACUAUUUCAGAAAGAGGGUUACUCUAAUUUGUGUUACCAGUAUCUAGUAUAGUAGUAUGCACAAACAUGCGAAAUUAUAUGAAAUU